AAUCAAAACCCGGGCCACGAACUCGUAUUUUUUGUAGUGAACAAAUGCCUCUGCUUUUUGGUUGCACCAAUUCCCGGGCUAUGCUGUUUAGCUUCCUCGUCUAAUAUUCCGAGAACGAAUUCCAGAGAGAUCACUGGUUAGCUGAAGCUUCCUCUACAAACAUCGAAAGCUUCCUUUUCGGCCUGGUUAAAUGUUUUUUGGCCAGUUUUAACUUAACUUUCGAACGCAGCAGCUCGCGUCGCAUUAACUGCCGCUCCCUAACGGUUAAUACUGGGAUACUGACUUUGAUUCUGGUUCAGAGCAGCAGUAUCUUUAUUUCAGGUUCACGAUCCACACCGUAAAACAAACAUUUGGAAUAAUUUUAAUGUAAUUAGGCGAUGAUGUCGUACGGCAAGCUUGUGGCAUUCCUGGUCCUAGUCCUAGUUCACCUAACCCAUGGUACGGACAUUACUGCACCGUCUUUGGACAGGACCAUCUACUACCGGAAUACGCCACCCGAUCCGUUUGGUCACUACAGCUACGAGUUCCAGACCACAAAUGGCAUUACCACCAAAGGAGCUGGUAAUGAGAAUGGAGCCGUUGGAGUGGUUCAGUUCGUUUCUCUCGAGGGAAUACCCAUUACCUUCUCAUACGUGGCCGAUGCAAAUGGAUAUCAGCCCACCGGAGAUCAGAUUCCUGCCAUCCCGCCCCACGUCAUCCGCCAGUUGGAGUACAUCCGCACGCAUCCACCGGUGGAUGAGCUUCGGUCGAGACGUUGGUAAACAACUUUACGACAUUACAGCAAUUAUGUAUUGACGUCUAAAUAGCUGGGCUGGCUGAAUAUACAACUGAAUACGGUUCGGAAUAUUUUUAAUUCGUAUUUAUGUUAAUCAUUUUUGCACGCCAAUCGGACAAAAAGGCAACAACAAGAGCAAACCAAAAUAUAUAGCACGUCAAUAAAUAUUAUAGAAUUAUAAAUAAAGUACUAGACUUAAUUGAUCUGCGUUCCAGAAGUCCGGAAAGUUUGCCUAAAGGAAGGAAUAAAUAAUCAAUAAAUAACAAUCAAACUGGA